CCUGCUUGAGCGACUGGCCGAUGUCUCGGAUGCAUUGACUCUACUGCAGUUGCUAUUCGUUGUCCUCUCUGCCAUUCCAUUCCACGAAAGAUCUCAUCGAAAAGGUAAACUUCAACUGCAGCAUGCUUAACUUUUGGUCUCGACUGCGUCCUCUUCUGCUCAGCUUGAUUCAUCAUCCAGCUUCAUUCUGUAUGGUGAUUCGUAACGAUAUUGAACAACAUAGUGAAACAGUGGCACUUAGCAAAAACAUGAGCGACGGAUUCCAACUGAAAGCUGUUGAAAGAUUCAUCUUUAAGGGUUCAUAAUGCACUAAAUUCAUUCUUGCAUUCUAUUUGUAACAAAGGCUCUUUUUAAGUUGCUAACAUGGGAGAGAACUGUGCAGAAUUCCUUAGUAUUAUUGUAGCUUUCUCAUUCCUUGCCCUUUUCGAAUGAUAUGAUCGGUAAUCGCAUUAAACAAAAGAAAACACCAAUAGGUUUAUCCACAUUCACACAGAGAAAAGAAUACAAAUUGGAUACUAAGAGGGGCAUGCCUUAAAAAAUGACACAAGAAUUGGAUCGAUAUUUUAGAAAGAUCACGUUUGCUUAGAAGAAAGACUAAAUGAAGUUAAGAUUUUACGUAGUGUUUUCCGAUCAUGGUUCCUCGCAAAAAUCACUGACUGUCUAUUCCAACUCAGUGAACUCAGUGCUCGACAAAAUGGAAAUUGUUGCAAACAAACGCUGGCUUAACUGUGAUGUCGUUGCGACUGAUGUAAAAUUACAGUGAUUUUUCAAAUUUGCUUACACAGUCACGCAAUCGUUGAUGAAUUAGUUAUCAGCUUUCGGUUUCGUUGCUCGAACUCAGUUCGAUUACUAUUGAAAGACGCUAGGAAGUUUGAUGCAGAACAGAUCAACGACUUGAAAUUUUUAAAACGCUUAUCACAAACUCACUGAAUUAUUGUUUUAAUCGGCCAUUUGGAUUGUUCACUUGUUUACCUCCUAAGUCACCUACAGCACCCUGCAUAAUUUUUAUUAAGGUAGCAGACCGUAAAUGCGUUCGGUGUUCGAGAGAUAUGUGAUAUAACUAAAGUUUGAGACGAGAAUAAAUUGUGCUAUAGUGAAAUGCAAUUUUUGGGUCGGCUGUGCGUCGUCCUCCAUGUGUAAAACAUGUUUAAGCCUACCAGAAAGUAAACUUAUAUCCAUGCAGAAGCUUCUAGAUAAAUUGGCCAUUGUUUACAAAUGAUCUGUGAAGCAAAUCUGCAUAAUCUAUCUCCGUGAAUGAUUAUCGUUUCCUUGUAAUAAACCUUUAUUAUUGUUAAUUUUUCACAGUUUUUGGUAUAAAAGGAAAGCCAAACGAAAUGAUUCGAGUUAACAAGUUGAUAUUUAGAGUUGAAUACAUAUUUGAAUGUACCCAGCGAGACCCUUGAAAUGCAAUUUCCAGGCUUGUAAUGAAUUAUUACCCCUUAAGAAGUAAAUAAGCUUGAAUUUGAUGUUCCUUUUAAGUUUAUACUGGUUUCUCCCGCUGGUGAUGCAUAUAUUUAAUGCACGCCGCUCGGGAAAUAUCCAAACCGAAUACAACCACGAGAGGGAACUUUUUUUGUUUUCAUAGUUUACUUUUUGAAGGUGUCUAUGGGUGGAAGCCUGCAUGCAGAGUCAAUUCAUCAAUUAUCACAAAUUAUUUUCAUUACCACGUUGUGUAUUUUUAUUUCACUCAGUGAGUUUCUUCAGUGUAUCUCAACAUCAUUUGGCUAAGAGGUGUUCCGCUGUGCCAGACGAUGCGUGUUGUCUACUUGUUGGUUUUAGCAGGAUUUCUGGCCAUUACUGGCCUUGCUUUUCUCAUCGCUGGAAUCGUACUCCUAAGCAAAGGUGAUGCAUCAUGCUCCGAGGGCUCCAGCAAUACAUCGAAUAGAAAAUCUCUUAACUUAACAGAGAAAUGUUCCUACUCGGAGGAGGCCAUCACCAAGGGGUUGGACAAGUUCCUCCAGAAAGUACAAGACAGCUAUUACAAGCUUCAUCCAAAUAAAAUCUCUUCAAAGCCGAAAGUGUCUUCAGCAGAAAUACAAGCAAAAUAUCGCUCUUAUGACCCGUCCCCACAAAAUAUCAAGAUUAUUACAGAUAAAGCACUGGCCCUUUUGGAUGAAAUAAAUGCAAUAACUUUUGAAUCGCAUAAAUUGAAACCACGCGAAAGGAAGGCUUUGGCUCAGGUAAAGCACUAUUUGCAACACAUUUUUGGAACGCCGUACGAUGUCAAUUAUUACGCGGGUGAUUUUCUCCUUGGUCCAAAUCUGUGGUGUUGGCAGCCCCUGUGUGAUACUAGAUCUGAAAUGAAAAACAGUCUUUAUCACUUCAAACCAAACAGCACCGAAGACUUGGAAAAUUUACUGAAAAAAUUCGGAGAAAUCAAAGAAACAUUUGUUCAAUACAGGAAGAACAUGGAGUAUGGCGUUUUGGUCGGAAUGGUACGUUCAAUUGAACAAUGCAAAGCUGGUAUCAACGGAUUAACGUCGGAUUUCCGAGAAAUAUCGAUUAAAGGGGCAAAGGGUAAGAAUUUUUAAUGUUAACCAAGCUUUUGAUGUUAUUGGGUCGUUCAUUUACAUAUAUUAAAUUUCUUCCCACGUUAACUAGGUGUCUUAGAAGAAGAUUUUGUCAAACGUCUGUUGCAAUAUGAGUUUCUUGAGGUCCUCACGAAUAAUUCAGAAGAAAUAAGCACGUGGGAAAAGAAGCACGGAAAGAGUGUGAACCAGUCCCUUAGAGACUCUCUUGUGGAAAACAUUGGUAAACCUAUUGAAGAUUUCUUCACGUAAGUGUAUUCAUGUGCUUGGCCAUAAAAUAAAUCUUUAACCGAGUGAAUUUUUUCUUCUAUCUAGCUAUCCCAUGAUACAAUACCCACUCCUUCCAAACUAUGAGCUACAUCUCGCAAGAGAGAAAGGUCAAACUUCUAUCUGGCUCAGAGUGUUUGUGUGUUUGUGUUUGUUUUUUGUUUUUUCACAUAGGAUGAUGACAUGGAAACUCUGACCUCUUCAGAGUUUUACAAAUGUCAGUUUGGUAUAAGAUCUUUUUUACACCCAGAGAAUACUGUAAAAAAUGGUUGUGGUUAAUAUUCAAAAGGUAGACAAAGUGAUCGAAUUUCUGAAGUGUUGAUAUCUGAUAUGAUCGCCUGGAAAUAUAACUAAUAUGUAUAUACAAGGGGUUACGUGCUGUGUGCUGUUUCCAUGGACAGCUACUCUGUGUCAUUCGUGAGGCUAAGUUGUGACUAUUUGAAACACUGAUCUCACCUCAAAAGGCGGGGGGACCAAAUGGUGAGGUCGUUGGACUUGAAAUCUGGUGGUCUCGGGUUCAAGUCCUCCACCCUGCUACCCACCGGAUUUGUUCUUGGUCGCUCUGAGCUCAGCUCUUUCAAGCACUUUAUAUUCAUUUGACGUAUUUGUUUCUCUCUCUUUCCUGGCCCACAAUGUAAACUACUUGGUCCACCAGUAAUUGUGAAAGCCAUUAAAGUCUAUUUAUUUUCAUUUAUUUACCUCAGUGUUUUGUCUCCGUUUUAGGUAUCUUAGAAAAGAUCAUAUGCAACAUUGCGUCUCCAGUAACGUGUCCAGCGGUUUGGCCACGCUUCCUCUCUCCUACGUGUAUGUCAACAAUACCGCUGACAAGUCAAGACCAGCAAACGGGUCUCUUCCAACAGGAGAACGGCUCAGCGGUAACGAUUCUUAUAAGCUGCUCGUUUCAUAUUUUACAACAAACACCAUGUCCCCAAAGGAAAUUAAUGAUCUUGGAUUCAAAAUGUUAAAAGAACUUUAUCCUCAGGUGGGUAGCGUAAUAUUAUAGUUAUGAAAAUUAUUGUAAUGAUUUGCAAACAUUUUUUGCUUGGUUCAAAUGUGUUAAAUGCUCUCCUUUUCGUCGCAGAUUGCGAAAGUCUCGCCACCAUCACCCCACGUUAGGUGAUGAUACUGACACAUUAAUAAGAUUUCGAAAGCGCCAUCGGUAAUCACGUGUGAAAUUUUCCUGGAAUUUUUCCCGGAAAAUCAUCAUCCACAGUUAAAUUUUAGUUGAAUACAAACCUCCUACCAGCUCCUACUUGGCCCUAGAGUCCUCUGAGAGACUUCUGUGAAAUUUCCAUAUGUUUUCUUGAAAAAUUUUCUGGGACAGCUGUUGUUUUCAUGUUUUCCUUUAAAAAUUGCUGCGUGGCCGGUCAAUAUUGAUUCCCUUACGCAAACCGCACGUUUGACCGUCGUGUUGGUUAGAAGAAACUAACGCGAGUUUGACAGCAAAAUCCCUGUACGUGGAAUUAUGUUACAUGUAAAAAAUGAAAAUGACAAAGGGGCCAGACAAUCUCGGGCGCUCGUAAGUUUGCUUUCGAAAACACAAAUACAAAACGUAUCGGUGUUUCCGCAUUUGCGUACGAUAGAGUGAAUUUGUUUAUACCUCACUUUCCGUUUAUCAGAUGAGACCAAUGUUAGUGAGAAGCUUGAAAAAGUAAAAUAUAAACGAUGGGUGCAGCAUCGAGGAGAGGGUGCUUGAGAACAAGAAAGGAGUGGAGGCAUGGAUAAUAUGCGAUGUACUGAUGAAGAAUGAUUGGGAAAGUCAGUGUCACUGGUGCAUCACUGUUGAAGGGGGCAAGAAUUAAUCAAAAUUUUGAGAGUGUUUCUGACGUAGCCUUUUAAAUAAAUGAACAAAUAUACAAAUUAGAGCAUUUACAAUGAGACGUAGUGUCAUCACUUACAGUUAUUUCAUUUAUUUACUCGUAGGUCCUAGAAGUAGCACGGCUGGUAACACAACAAACUGAUAACGAUACAGCUAAAGAAGAGUUUAGAAAGAAGCUGAAAUCGAGAGUUUCUGAGUUGAACUAUCUAGAAGGGGAGUUUCCGAAGAAUGAGUCUGAUGAAAAUGCUCAUGUGUUGUGUGGUAACGUCGAAGGUGCGAAGAAAUAUUGUCCCACAAGAUGGCGAGCGCUUCAAAACUGGUUUGAUGAGGCCCACAUGGUAUGUGUAGAAACUCGACUAUGAAAUUUCACUUUUUUACCGGUCACGGUCACCUGUCUUUAGUUAAGCUCCUUCAAAGGAGGUAAGGAGGUAAGCUAACAGGGAAAAGUUAGUCUCAGCGUAUUUACAUUUCUUCAUUCAUAGUUUGUGAAUUUUCUUUUUAUUAGGCAUUGGGACUGCUGGAUCCAAAGACGAUUAAUAUGUUUCAUUUCAAUGGUGCAAAACACACAACGCCAAAUUGUCCAAUACAGCUGUCUCCCGAUUUCAAUCCUUCUGGAGGAGCAAAUUAUAAUAGGGCUGGUAAAGAUUGUAAAAAGAACGCGCGGUACAAUAUACCUUUCUUCACAUCUGAGCCUGCCAACAGGUACGAAGAAUGGAGUAUAAACGCACACGAGGGAAGGCCUGGACAUCACACGCAAGUUAGUACUCGUAGCGAUUAUCGAUAUACUACUAAUGUUAAAAAGUAAAAGCUAAGGCCCGUAGCCACCUCAGGCACCACCCCCACAGGAACAAUAAACUCUUAGCACUGCAAGGCGUGAAAAUGAGUCGAUCUCAAAAACAAAGAUCUAACAAAAACUCUAUGACGCUUAUAUAUGAAACAGACUACAUAAAUCACGAACCCGGACGACAAAAAGCACUUAAAAUAGAUAUAGAGAUAACAUGUAUGGAAGGGGGCGUAUGAGAAUGUUACAUCUGAGCCAAUCUUUUCUGUUUACUUUUAUUUGACAUCAUCUGUGGUCCAUAAAUGAAAAGGCACUGGACAAAAUAGAAUUAAACCUUUUUUAAAUAGAAUAAUUUUACCUUCUUCUAAGAAUUCAUCUAACCAUCAAAAAGGAACAGUGAGAUAUCUGCUCUUGCAGUUGCUUUUUUUACUCCCUCUAAGUAUGUACUACAUUAUCAAACUGCUGCUAAAAUCAUAGCUUAAACAUCCCAGUUAGUCGUAUUUGCAAUAGCACGUUUUUUUUUCACCGGUGAUUUUUUUUUCAAAUAAACAAUGUUCACUGCAUAUAUAAGCUUGACAGAGUUGUAAUCGACAUUGGUCGGAAAACUUGUCGGAUAAGACCUUCCAUUUUCCUUGAAAAAUUUUCUGAAAGACAUUGGAAAAUUUGUCCUCAGUAAGUCUUCAAAUUUCAAAUUAAACCUUCAUUGUAGACGAGGAGACUUGACACUGGAAGAAAACACAUUUUCCCUUUUUAGCCCUUUAGCUCCAUCAGUGACUAAAAGAGAAUUUCUCCUUACAAUAUCAAUACAAUAUCAAACAGACAAGCCAUGAGAAUAAAGAACAAUAUCAAUUAGGGGAUUAUUAGUUGAUCUAGCACCAAAUUCUCUGAACUAACAUCACAAGAAUUAUAUGGCAGAUAGUAAGGGGAAUUACUAAUGAGAUCUUAACUGAGAUUUAAAGAGUUAAGCGCACACUGUUAGAUGCCUCGGAGUAAUGGCCAAAAUUAUCAAAGAAACGUGGAAGAGAAAAUACAGUAUAGGGGUCGAGAUUAUUUACCUAGUUACAAAGUCAGUAGGUUAAUUUCUUCUUCCGUCACUUACUCAGGUGCAAGGUUUAGAGGAACACUUUCGGGAUAGUUGUGGAGGAGUCAUCAAAUGGCUUGAUCAAGAAACUUACUACACUGCCUUUACCGAGGGCUGGGGCCUGUACGCUGAGAACCCAUUGAUUGGCGAGGACACCGAUGUCUAUAAGGAUGAGCCUUUGCAGAAAUAUGGAAUGCUGAAAUGGCAGGUUAGUAUUAAUAACAGAUCGAGACAGAUGUCAUGAAAUUGUCAACCGUACUCUUACUCAAAUUAAUCUUUUUGGGAAAUUACCUCGGUUGAAUGAUUUUCAAUCUCUGUAGACGAAAGCCACUCUGCUAAGGUGCCCAUGCCUCGCUCUUUAAACUAAACUGGUGUCUUCUUAAUUAGCUUGGCCAAGUCUGUGAAAUUUUAAGCAACAUAUUUAAUAUGAAAUUCAAUGAGAAGAAAACUAGUUGUCUGUAUAAUGUGUGUUUAAAAAUCCCGAGAAACGAAAGACCCUUUGACUGAAACAAAGAAACAAAGGAGAGGAAAAAUGAGGUUGCUCUCUUUCCUUGUAAACUUACAAAAAAUUGAAGUAUCUAAACGUCACCCUGCUGGCUAUUGCGAUUUCUAAUGACAAUUUUCGCACCCUAAACAAGAUAGGCUGAGCGAGUGGUUGAGGGAAAGUGGAGAUUAUUUACUAAUAAUUUUCCAAAAUAAGGAUCACUCUAAAUUGCUAGAGUGCAGGCAUCCUAUUUAACAACCAGUCACUAAGAGGUUUUGAAAUCAGGUUUAGAUGACCACAGAUGAAGAACCCAAGCAUCUGUUACUCUUUCCUUAGUUUCCUUUCGAGGGUUUAAUAAACUACCCAAAUGAACUUUUUCGACGACAUCUGGCUCUAGUAUUGUCAACUAAAUUGCUCCUCUACAGGUGUGGCGCGCCUUACGGUUAAUUGUCGACUCGGGUCUGCACUACCAAGGAUUUUCCCGCCAAAAAGCCCUAGAUUUUUUCGCAGACUUCGCUUGGGAUGAAAGUGGUGAGGCCUUAAGGGAGGUGACUCGUUACCAAAGCGCACCAGGCCAGGCUACUGCCUAUAUGAUUGGCCAACAGCAUAUCAAGAAACUCAGAGAGUACGCGAAGGAAAUGUUGGGAGAUAAAUUCAAACUUCGUGACUUUCACUACCAUCUGCUAUCCCAGGGUUCCGCGCCAUUAAGUUACUUGGAGCAAAGUAUCGAGACUUAUGUGAAAUGCGUGAAGAACGAAAAUGCUUCCGGAUGUUAUGAAAUUUUAAAUCCUGCAGUGAACGACCCAGCUGCCGAUGUCGAUGACGAUGUGGGGGAUGACCUUUACGAGCCAAUUAGAGGGCGUCAUUAUUUCUGAUCAAAUUCACUAUCAAUCAUCAUAGAGUAUGUGAGCGUACCAUAGCUUUCUUACGUGCUUAAGGACACUCAAAAUAGAUGUAAUUCUCUGAGUAGAAUUGCCUGGGUAAAUAUUUUUACCAGUGACGACGGGUAAUUUAGAACGUUUAAGAUAGCUAAACUUUACUACAUACAACUACUAUACAUGAUAAUAACUGUCAUUUUGAAUAACCAGACUCAGCCUUAGUGUAAUUGUCUUCUUGCAUAGAAUGUUGCGAUGAACAGUUUUUUGCAAAUUUGAUCAAAGUUUACUUACAUGUAGCAUACAGUUCUUUAAAAUGGUUGAUAAUACAGCCAAUAGAGAAUAAAUGCCCGAAAUCUACCACAGCACUCUUUAAUUUUAGACUUUAGGUAGAAACCAAUGCAAUCUACAAACGUUAUGCUCAGUUCUAAUUUUUUUAUAUCUUGCAUACUCGAGGCUUUUGUAUACGAACUGACAUAGUACGUUGUAAUGUUCUUAGCAGCACUUUACAUUAUCUUCUGUUUCACUAUCCUAACCUUGAAAGAGAGAUGAAUGAUUAUGGGUAGUUAGGCUAGGCUUGUGCACUAGAAAGUUGUAUCAUUAUAUUUUUCAUAGUGACAGAACAAUACUUACAUCGGCAAAAAUCCGCUCUAAAAUCAAAAUAAAGAAGCCAUAACAUCGGUUAUUCUAGACGAUGGAGUAAUUGACGUGAAGAUCUAUCUUAGCAGUAUUGGUACGCUAUGAUUAAUUUUAAGCACUCCUCAUUCAUUUUUCUGCCCGUUUUUCGUUUGUAUUUUCUGGAAUGUUAAACUAAAGGAGAUCUGUCACGAAUAAAAAUUAUUAUUUCUUUUACUCUUAUAAAGCAGAUGUAAUCUCGUUGGUUUAAGUUUAAUUAUGUAUGAUAGGUGGAUUGGUCAGUGAGAUACAGUCCUUAAAGCGAAUUAAGUAUGAGAGCGAUCUUGGCAGUAAUGAACACUACUUGUGCAGUGGCGAAAGUAAGGCCGGAACCACAUUUUUUCAUCAUUUAUUCGUCACUACGCGGGUCUAUCCCUAAGCAACGCCCUUCCGCCCCAAUCUGCUGCUGUUAUCCUGAGUGUUUUUUUUUUUCAAAAGUCAUUGAGCUGAACAUUUUUUAAAAUUUUUAUAUUUUCUAAAAUCAUUGAAAUCCUCAAGGCCUAACUAAGUCAUUAAGGAAAGCU